AAUAAGGGUCGCCCUGGAGGCUAUAAAAGUGGGGUCGAGGACGCGUCCUGGUUCAGUCAGGCCCGCUCGUCGUCGGUUCGAACCCCGGCGAGGGUUGAAAGAGCGAUGUUCCCGUCGUCCGGUCGUUUUGUCCGGCUCACCUGCCCUUUCAGCGGGUGCUGCCAGCGGCCUCAUUGCUGGUACAAACACGGCAAAGAAGGACGUUUGAAUGGAGCCUCCGCCUCUUCAUCGUCCUUUUUGCUGGUCGACCUCACAGGUGACCAAAAUGACGAUCUGCCCGCCAUACGUGGAGCACACGUAAUCAACGAGCCUCUAGACGAAUCCCUCCAGGAGCUGGAGCGCAUCAACAAAGCGAUUGAAGCGGCCAAGUACGAAGUGGAGCAGGAGCAGAGGCGACUGUCGUGCUACCACACUGCCGAGGCCGCCGCCACAGCAAAUGGCGUGGCGUGCUCGGCUGGUUACAAAACACAUUCCCGUUCGGGGAAGUACGUGGUUGACGUUUCCAAACCGAGGACCGAUUUGGAGUACGACCCAAUGUCCAACUUUUCUGCUGACUUCGGAUCUUACAAGUCAUCGCAUAAAGCGCCAAAAGGCAAACGCGUGCCUGGAAACCAUCAGGACCCGGCGUUCCGCCCUGCCGCCCCUGUGACAUUGGACGACGACAGCGUCCUGAUUAUCGACGCGCCGUGCUCGCCGGACCGGAAGCCCGCCGGCUGUGACGCUGACAAGAAGCAGCACCAGGAGAAGAGCGCUGGCGAGUGUGAAGCGUCGGCAGGAAGCGUGAUUGACUUGACAGGAUGUUUGGAGGACCCUGGGGGCCAGAGUCUCUCGUCUGCUGAAGAUGAAUGCUGCACCUUAGAGGAAAACCAAAAUGCAUACAGUGUUGAAGAAGUCAUCAAGCCCACCGAGUACACCGCCCAGUGCUCUUCUCCCAUUGACGCGUGCAAUACAUCCGACAGCCACCCGGCGGCAGAAGAGGAAUCUGUAAGCACAAGUCUCGAAUCUUCUUCCCUCGCUGCUUGUGAGCAUCUGUUGUCCAAAGGCGGCAGCAGAGAAGUUAUCGUGAUUGACUCGAGCGCUGACGAGGAAGAGAACGGCUACUCUGGCGUGGAUCUGUCGGACAGCGACCCUGAAGAGGAGUGCUACCGCAUCUUCAUGGAGGCCAAGGAGAGUGGCGACCAAGAGCAGCCAGAAAUUGAGCCUAUGGGUGUGGCCAAGCCUGAAAUUCCGACCGUCAAACCCCCAGAGCUACCAGCCAAGAGGAGGAUUGCUCAUAAGGCCGAAGAUACCGAGCUUCCAGUGGCCAAGAGGAGACCACAACCACAAGUCCUAGUUCCUCUACGAGGACCGACGCCGGCCUUCACGGCCUCCCAGCUUUCCGCCGCGCCAAAGAUUCAGCAGAUUCAGCAGAAGGCGUCCAUGCUGACCGCCUCCGUGAAAGGUGGCCAAGCGUUCCUCUCCAUCGGUCCAAGGAAGCCAGAGAGCCUAUUGAGCGCGUCCGUCAACACUCCACCUGCUGCUCAGCAAAACAAGACAGUCAACUAUGUUCCUCUGGGCUCGGCUGUGCUCAACGUGGGCAAUAACCUGCGCCUGAUCCUCCCUCAGGGCACCAUCCCGCUCACCUCCGCCUGCACUGUGGUCUCUUCCGUUCUAACGCCCAUCACUCGAGUGCAUACAAGCUCCGUCACAGUCAGGCCCCCCACGUUCACAUCGCCCGCUGUUGCGAGCACGCCGAAGUACCGCGCGGGCGUGCCUCUGCUCAUCCCCCCCGCCGCACGUAGACCCUCUCAGCUAUCGGCGUCAUCACUGUCUUCAACCGCCGCCAGCAACGCAACCGGCCAGGCCGCCGCUAAGCCGGGAGCCUCCAAGCGAAAAGGGAAGGCGCAGUCCGAGGCGAGCAGAGACAAAGUCCCUCAUGAUGUCAGGCAGCGCUACGUCACCAUGUUCAUGGAGGCCUUCCUCGCCACCACCGCCAAUGUCAACGAGGCCUUUGAAAAGGCGCUGGCAGAGGAGAAGGCGCUGUACAAUCGUAGCAGCAACAAACUGAAGUAUCUGAGCGUGGCUGUGAACGUGCUUAAGAGGUUGAAAAAACCUGUUGCCGCCAAAGAUGAGAAUAAAGUCAACAGCAAAACCCAUAAAGGAAAUAUUCCACUCAACCGGAAGAAGCUCAGAGGAAACGACAUGUCUUUGUAUGAGAUUUUGAGAGAUUACAUUCUGACGGAGGAGCAGCUGAUUGAGAACAACUACCCUGUGCAACACCCGCAGAAGGCAGGCUGCGCUGUCCUUUUUGCAGACAACAAGAAGGGCAACAACGACCCCUUCAAGAGGAUUUGCUGUCGAUGUGGAGCGACAUACUCUGUUAGCAAAACGGGCCAACACACCCGCACGGAGGAGUGCAAUUAUCACUAUGGCAAAGGAGUGGAGAACAGAGUGCCAGGUGGGGUGGAGACGCGCUACAGCUGCUGUCAGGGAGUCAUGGGCGCACCCGGAUGCCAACUUUUUAAGUUGCAUGUACACGAUUCCUUCAGCCUGGAGGGAUUCAAACGGACACUCCCAAAAAGUCCCACAGAUGUCAGCUGCCCAGGAAUCUACGCCCUCGACUGUGAAAUGUGUUACACCAUCCACGGUCGGGAGCUGUCCAGAGUGACCGUGGUCAACUCCAGCCUCCAAGUGGUUUACGACACCUUCGUCAAACCACACAACGAGGUCAUCGACUAUAACACCAGGUUCUCCGGGAUCAGCGAGAAGGAGAUGAGGGGCAACCACACCUCUCUUUCCGAUGUGCAGAAGACCCUGCUGAGCUUUAUCAGCGCUGACACUGUCAUGAUCGGGCAUGGCCUGCAGACCGGCCUCUGUGCCCUGAAGUUGCUCCAUGGCACGGUGGUGGACACAUCUGUGGUCUUUCCCCACCGCCUGGGUCCCCCGCACAGGCUGACCCUCAACAGCCUGACGGCAGAGUACCUGAGGAGGAUCAUCCAAGAGAGCGUGUGUGGCCAUGACACUGCAGAGGAUGCUGCCGCCUGCAUGGAGCUCAUGUUAUUGAAGAGCAAAGAUGGGAAAGUGAAAAAAUGAUGGGGGGAAAUAAACAAACUCGACCCCUGCCCCUCCUCCAAUGUACAGUCAAAAGAAAACCAUGUGCAUGUUCCUGUGUUGAAUGAAGAUGAUGAACUUUUCUUUGAUUUCGCACGAGUUUAUUUUGGUCUUAUGAUUUUGUUCCUUUGUUGCAUUUUGAUUAAAUAUGACUCGCACUUGAGUAUGUAUUAAGGCAUGCCAGAUGUGGGCGGGGCUUGGUGUGAUGGAAGUAAACCUACAGAAUGACAUCAG